CCGGCUCGUCGCUGCUACUGCAGCCGAUGCAGCGAAGGAGACUGACGGUUCUUUUCCAUCAUACGGAAGCGGAAUGGCUUGAGAUCAGACAACACGGAGUCGUCUCGGUCGGCUGAUGCACGAUGGUUUUCUGACUGGCUGCCUGUCUGUGUGUGUCCGUCCGUCUUGCCGCGAAUUGCUGCAGUGCUGUUUUCCAGGUGUUGUGGUGUGUGUGUGUGUGUGUGUGUGUGUGUGUGUGUGUGUGUGUGUGUGUGUGAGAGUGUGUGCGUGUAUGCAUGCAUGGUGGUGUAGCCUGGUGUAAUUCUCUUACGAAUUGGACUAAGCCGGGGAACGGAGUCUGAUGUCACAUGUGCUUCAUCGGAGGAGACGGGGCAUCUGCAAGCUGGAUUUUGUGGAGGAUGCUGCGGCAAGUGAUACACAGAGGGCUCAAGGCUUCGUUUUACUGGCUGGGCUUAUUCGUUAGCAGGCACCCCGUUUUCUUCCUCACUGUCCCCGCGGUCCUCACCAUCAUUUUCGGAUCUACCGUGCUGAGUCGGUUCAAGCCGGAGACGGACCUGGAGGUGCUGGUCGCCCCUACUCACAGCCUGGCAAAGAUCGAGCGGAGUCUCGCCAACAGCCUGUUUUCCAUCGACCAGUCGAAGCACAAGCUGUACUCGGAUUUGCACACCCCCGGCAGAUAUGGCAGGCUGAUCCUGCUGGCCAAGUCCGGGGGGAACAUCCUGGAGCUGGCCGACCAGGUCCUGCAGGUCCACAAGCAGGUGUUGGAUUUGCGCGUCAAUUACAAGGGAUUCAAUUACACGUUCGCGCACCUCUGCGUGCUGAGCCACAGGGACAAGCGCUGCCUCUUGGAUGAUAUCAUCACCAUCUUCGAAGAUAUCAGACAGGCCGUGCUUUCCAACAGCACUUUUCACAAGGUGCCCGUGAGCUAUCCCAACACAACAUUAAAGGAUGGCCGUGUGUCCUUCAUUGGCCACCAGCUGGGCGGUGUGUCCUUCUCACCCAACAGCCGUGACCAGCAGGUCAAAUUUGCCCGCGCUGUCCAGAUCACCUACUACCUCCGCAACCAUGGCCCAGUGGUGCAGGAUGCCAUUGCUGAACGCUGGGAGAACGAGUUCUGUGCCCUGGUGAGCCGACUGUCUACGGCCGAGGCGCCCCAUGUGUCUGACCAGCUCCACAUCCAGUCACUCACCUCCUUCAGCCUGUGGCAGGACUUCCACCAGACGGGUGUACUGGCCAAGGGGGAGGUGCUGGUGAGCCUGGUGCUGGUGCUCCUGGCUGCAACCAUCUCCAGCUCUAUGCGGGACUGCCUGAGGGGAAAGCCAUUCCUGGGCCUCCUGGGCGUGCUGACUAUCUGCAUCGCCAAUGUGACAGCUGCAGGAAUCUUCUUUAUAUCGGACGGGAAGUUCAACUCGACACUACUGGGGAUCCCAUUCUUUGCCAUGGGCCAUGGAACCAAAGGGGUGUUCGAGCUGCUGGCAGGAUGGAGGAGAACAAGGGAAAAUCUUCCCUUCAAGGAGCGCGUAGCGGACGCUUUUGCAGAUGUGAUGGUGUGCUACACCAUGACCAGCUCACUUUACAUCAUCACCUUUGGCAUGGGAGCCAGCCCUUUUACGAACAUUGAGUCUGUAAAAAUUUUCUGCCAGAGCAUGUGCGUUGCCAUCCUGGUCAACUACUUCUAUGUUUUCUCUUUCUAUGGCUCCUGCCUGGUGUUUGCCGGACAGUUGGAGCAGAACCGCUACCACAGUGUUUUCUGUUGUAAAAUCCCCUCAGUUGAGUACCUGGACCGCCAGCCCACGUGGUUUAAGACCAUGAUGAGUGAUGGCCAUGACUUGUCCACACACCACGACAGCGUCCCUUACCAGAAUCACUUCAUCCAGCACUUCCUGCGUGAGCACUAUACGGAAUGGAUUACCAACACCUAUGUCAAACCCUUUGUGGUUAUUCUAUAUCUCAUAUAUGCCUCUUUCUCAUUCAUGGGAUGUUUACAAAUCAGUGAUGGAUCAAAUAUUGUCAACCUGCUGGCUAGUAACUCUCCAAGUGUUUCAUAUGCUCUGACCCAGCAGAAAUACUUCAGUAACUACAGUCCUGUGAUUGGAUUUUACAUUUAUGAGCCCAUCGAGUACUGGAACUCCACAGUGCAGGAGCACCUAAAGACUCUGAGUCAUGGCUUCAACAAGAUCUCUUGGAUGGACAACUUUUUCCACUACCUGCGGGUAGUGAAUGUGAGUGCGUCAACCAAGAGCGACUUCAUCACCAUCCUCAAGGGCUCCUUUCUGCGCAGCCCAGAGUACCAGCAUUUUACUGAGGACAUCAUAUUCUCCAAGAACCGUGACACUGAUGAGUACGACAUCAUCGCCUCACGGAUGUACUUGGUGGCACGAACAACAGAGAAGAAGCGUGAAGAGGUGGUGGAGCUUCUGGAAAAGCUUCGUCCAUUGAUGCUGAUUAACAGCAUCAAGUUCAUUGCAUUCAAUCCUACGUUUGUGUUCAUGGACCGCUACAGCUCCUCUGUCAUCUCACCCAUCCUGACCUCAGGCUUCAGCGUACUCACAAUCCUCAUCCUCACUUUCUUCCUAGUCAUCAACCCUUUGGGGAACUUCUGGCUCAUCCUUACCGUAACAUCUGUGGAGCUGGGUGUCUUGGGUUUGAUGACCCUCUGGAACGUUGGCAUGGACAGCAUCUCAAUCCUGUGCCUUAUUUAUACCCUUAACUUUGCCAUGGAUCACUGUGCACCACACCUGUACACUUUUGUGCUAGCCACAGAGCACACUAGGACGCAGUGCAUCAAGUUGGCACUGGAGGAGCACGGGGCAGCCAUCCUACAGAACACAUCCUGCUUUGUGAUCGGGAUCAUGCCCCUGGUGUUUGUGCCUUCCAAUCUGACCUACACACUGUUUAAGUGCUCCCUGCUCACGGCGGGUUGCACCAUUCUGCACUGCUUUGUCAUCCUGCCGGUCUUCCUGACCUUCUUCCCACCAUCUAAAAAGAGACACAAGAAAAAGAAACGGGCCAAGCGUAAAGAGCGGGAGAGGGAGCGGGAGCGGGAAAGGGAGAGGGAAAGAGAAAGGGAGGAGAUAGAGUGCAUCGAAGUCAGGGAGAAUCCUGAUCAUGUGACAAACGUUUGAGUAUUUGUAAUUUUAGCAAUGAGUAUCAGUGGGUAUCUGUCGGUUCAUUGUUGGAUAAGAGGUAUUCCCAAUGGCGAGGUGCCUCUUGAGGUGCAGGGAAGUUAAGGAUGUCCCCUGAGGAGUGGGAACUGGUCACUCCCCACCAAUAGCGCUAGGUUGGCCAGAGUAGAGCGCAGCCCCACUGGUCAGCCACUGAGUCCUUCAGUCUGGACAGUGUAUCUCAUUUGCACAAACUGCAAUAUGCUCAUGGUUCUAAAGUUCUUUCCCAACUAUUUGGUAUAUAAAAAUAAGUUAGUUACCAGAGCUUAUGCUUGCUAAAUCUGUAAGUAACUUCUAAACAAACAGUAUUUUAGUCCAUUUAAAUAGAAAUUCUAUGUUCAUCUUGUGCAGCCCUUAUCUCAAAAGAAGUGUGUGAGGAACAUAGCAGUCUGUUAAGCCAAGGACACUCAGAGCAAGUUGAUGAAAGAGGUUGCUAUGAUGAUACAAAAGUGUACAAAUGAAAGCGUGCAAAC